UCUCUCUCUCUCUCUCUCUCUGUGUUAAUAAAAACGUAUUUGUGGGUGGGUGGGUCCACUAUUUGCAAACUUAAAAAAUAUCAUUCGUUUCAUUCACAUGUAGAAGAAAUCAUCUAUAUUAGUCAAAAGAUUACGGCCAGUCUGCACCAAAUCUCUCCAUCGCCGACAACUAAUACAUAUAUAUUAUAUACAUGUAUAGCAGAAGCAGAAGCAGAAGAUAAAUGAGAAAUCUCAUGGAGAAGAAGACCACGAGACCGAUCAGACCGAAGCAAGCCGUGAAAAAGAAAUUGGGAGAGGCCGGCGCCGGCGCCGGGGAAGAAGCGAAGCUGGCGGCCAUAGCAAUCAGCCUGAACGUGCGGCUGAGAUCAGCCGACAUGCCGCCCACCAUGCAAGAGUUUGCCCUACGCUACGCCCGAUCGCUGCUCGAUUCCUGCAGCCACCGCCCUAACCCCUCCCUCCUCGCUCGAUGCCUCAAAAAGGAGUUUGACGGGAUGUACGGGCCGGCGUGGCACUGCGUGGUGGGGAAGAGCUUCGGAUCCUUCGUAACUCACUCGCCGGGAGGGUUUCUCUACUUCUCCAUCGGCUCCGAUCUCUGUUUUCUCCUCUUCAAAACGGAGGUCCACUUGGUCAAUGAAGUUGACUGAUCUCAACCACACCUUUGCCUUUAGAUAUAUAUAUAUGCAAAUGGCAUAAUACACACAUUAUGUAUUUUGGUUAUGUGAACACUUUAUUUAUGAUAUUUUUAAUAAUACUCGUAUUAUAGUAAUACAUUUUAUA